AUCGGUACAGAGUAAGAUUGACUAUUUACAUUAUGGCCAAAUGAACCGACUCAUUUAAAUGAACGUGGAUUUUAAGAUAGAUUUGUACGUCAAAAAUUAUAUCGAUACAGGGAAAGAUUGUCUUUUUCUAUAAUGAUUAAAUGUAAGACUCAUUUGAAUCCUCAUUGCAGAUAACCAUGGAGAAUACGAUAUCCUGUUCAAGAUGUGUCGUCCCAGGAUGUCCAUCAAAGAAACCGUUCAAAUCCAGCCAUCGCUUCCCAACUAAUCCAGAGAUGUUGAAGACCUGGCUAGAAGCUAUCGGAAAUGAAGCUUUGAAGAAUAUCGAGGGGAGGAAACUGCAUCAUAUGUAUAGAGUUUGCUGGCUUCAUUUUUCAUCCGAAUGCUUUAUACCUGUCACACGAAAGCCAAUCCUGAGGAAAAAUGCAGUGCCAACUCUAUUAUUAACAAAAAAUAGUAAAUAUGCAAGUGUUAUUAAAGACACUAUAACAAGUAUUGCUGCAGAAAAAGUAAUAACACCUGCACAAGUCAUUGGACCAUCGACGAGCAAAUUUGUACCAUAUAAAAUUAUGACUAUAGAUGUCGAAGCAUUACCGGGCAUAUUAACAUCAAUUUGUUCGGCUAAGAGGUUAGUAAAUGUAACGCCAUGAGUGUCUAUCUUGCAUGAAAAGGCAUAAGCUUUAAAAUAAAAAUUACUUGUUUAUAGAUGCUUUUAGUUGUGUAGUAUAUGUGCAAGAUGCACGCACGCAUUGCUGCCGCGUCGUCUACGCUCCGCCCAUAACACGUUUCAUCUCUUUCAUCCAAGUGAGAAAGAGCAUCAGUCACCUCCCACCGAAUUCGAUGCUAAUGCCAUCUAGCGGUCGAUGUCAUCGUCCCCACUUUGGUGGUGAACACCGUUAACACGUUGACUACCAUGGAGGCCACCGGUGACCGGCGACACAUACAAAAAAAUUCAUGUUGGCGACAUAGGCAAACACGUAAAAUGCGC